AAAAAGAAAGAAGAAAAGCCUUUAUUAAUGUGACUCCCUGCCGGCGCGCCGAAGGAAGAACUGGGGCCAAGCCCCUGUCCUUUCUUGGUGGGAUUUCGGCGUGCUUGGAUGAAGGGGCGGGUUCACCUCCUCCUCCGCUUCGCACCUUUGUGGGAGCGGCGAAGGGGCCGCGCCUCCAGGAGGAACGCGAACGCGCACGCUGCCCCCUUAAACGGGAGGCUGGACUCGGCAAUCUCCGCUGUGGGGCUGGCCGGAGCUGCCCGUCGGUGACACGCGUUCCCGGUGGGCGGAGUUGGCUCUCCCGCGCCCUGGAUGUGGGAAAGGGAGCAGCCCAGGCGCGCUCUCUUCGCCUCCUUCUCGGUGGAGUCGAGCAGCAUGGAUGCGGGCUCCGGCCCCAUCAGCCCAGUCUCCCAUCUCCAGGAAGGCCCUUUCAGCUGCCCCAUCUGCCUCGACGCCCUCAAGGACCCGGUCACCACCCCUUGCGGCCACAACUUCUGCCUGAGCUGCCUCGGCGCGCACAGGCACCACCCGGGGACCGUCGCGGCGGGAAGCGGCGCGCCAAGCAGCUCCCGCUGCCCGCUCUGCCAGGAGCCUUUCCCGGCCGACCUCCAGCUCCGGAAGAACCACACCCUGGCCGAGCUGCUGCAGCUCCGGCAACCCGCCCCGAGCAGCCCGGGGCUGGCCAUGGCCCCCGACAAGCCGCCGGAGCCGUGCGUGCCUGGCGACUCUUGCGCGCCGUCGGAGGACGCGCCGCCCGAAGAGGUGCUGUGCGACUUCUGCACCGACGGCGAGCGCGCCCAGGCGGCGCAGUCGUGCCUGGUGUGCCUGGCGUCCUUCUGCUCGCCGCACCUGCAGCCUCAUCUCAAAAGCCCCGCUUUCCAAGGCCACCGGCUGGUGCCGCCCUUGCGGCACAUCGAGGAAAGCCUCUGCAAGCUGCACCUCAAGCCCCUGGAGAGCUUCUGCCGGACGGACCGGAGCUGCAUCUGCCAGCUGUGCCGGGCCCAAGAGCACCGGGGCCAUGAAGUGGUGGCGGUGGAGGUGGAGCGGGAGCACGUGGAGGUGGGUAGCACGCUCGUCCGGCCGUCCAGGCACAAAGGGGGUCCUUUGUGCAGCCUCGCUCCAGGGACGGGGAAGGCGGGGACGCUCCCCUACCCUAGGCUGCAGUGCGCGGGGAUUCCUGCAAGCUUCGCUCACCAGUUCCAGCCUGGGAAUAACUGGAAGAGGGGAGGGUGGGUGGGUGUGGGCCACUGCUGCUGUUCCUCGACGUGCUAAAUUUAGGAGCAUCGCUAGGGACGGGUUGGGAGAAGCUGCCUGAGGCCGCUGCAAAGUGGCUGGCUAGCAGGUCCCUCUUGGCUGGGACAGCAUAAAUAAAAAAUUGUCCAGUAGCACCUUAGAGAAGUGUGUAUCUGAAGAAGUGUGCAUGCACAUGAAAGCUUAUACCCAGAAUAAACUUAGUUUGUCUCUAAGGUGCUCCUGGACAAUUUUUUAUUUAUUUCGACUUCGUCAGACCAACACGGCUACCUACCUGAAUCUAGAAGGAUGGGACAGCAGUUUGUCAGGUGCCCCAAGUUAUCUGAAAAACAGGCACCCUAUUUCCUAAGAGUUGGCACAAGGGUCUGUGUCUGCUCAGAAACACAUUCCUGGAACUUACUUUCUUUGAAGGAGUGUGAGCUUGUUGAAAGACCCUUCCCUGUAAGCUUUCAGAUUUUGAAGCAGUGUGUAGUUACUCUCUGGGGUUAGGAAGGCAGAGCAGUGCUGUCAGUGCAGGACUUGGGGGCAAUGGUUUAGGGUCCAACUCAACAGAGUAAGUAGGAGAUCCCCACCACCACCAAACACAAAAGGGCUGCCUUACUACAAUUUGGAGUAAGUUAAAUAAGACACACAACUGUCUGCAAAGGAGAUACAUUAACAGUAGAGUGGGAGAGCAUGUUAGAGUGUUGGAUAUGGGAGACCAGGGUUCAGAUCCUCACUCAGCCAGGACGCACACUCAGUGAACUGCUUGGACCAGUCACUGCCUCUCAGGGUGCCGUAGCUUUGUGGAAGUGUGCAAAUAUUGUAGGCAGGGGCUUAACCCUUGGCAUCUCCAGGGAAAAGAAUAACAAGUAGCUCAGCUGAGGAACAACUCCUGCCCUGAGAUGCUGAGCAGCUGGUGCCAGUAGAUAGCACAGGGUCAGAUGGACCAGAAGACUGACUCAGUAGAAGGCAACUAAGCUGGCCCUACCAUUAGGCUGAGUGGGGCAGCUGCCUUGGGCAGCUGAUUUUUGUCAACAUAUUGUUACAUUUGAGGUUAUUAUUGCUGCUAUUGUAUUUCUACUUGUGGGAGUUCUUGCCUCAGGUACCAAAAUAAUGUGGCCAGCUCUUGGUUACUACUUAUCUUGUGACUCUGGGAGAGGGAGGGUUGCUGUUCUGCCAUGGGCAGCAGAACAUCUCUGGGCAGCCAUAUAAUCUUAUGUUCAUAUGAGUGGAACGGCAGAGGUUAUGGAACAAUAUUAAGGCUUAUUGGGAAAUUGGUUCAGAAAGGGAAAGAGCAGGGCGAGAUGCGCUGGAAAAGUUAUCUGUAGAGCUAGCUUGGCAGGGAACGGAGCGAUCCUUGUGGAGGAGGAGGAGACCUGGGUUGAAGUGGCACAGCCAUAUCUGGGGAAUCCUUGGAAUGGCAUUGCUCAGGAAUCUGUAAGGCUAGGUUGUUGAUCUGGAAGAGGGUGUGGGUAACUGGAGUAUAUGUUCUAUGGACAUUGUGUUUUAGGAUGGUUUCAGGUAUACAUGACAUGUUUUAAGCUCAGGUUUCUGACUUCAUUAUGUCUCCCCUGGCAUGGCUGUAAGUGCAAGAAGCAUUGGAACAAAUUUUUGCGCAGUGAAUCCCAAAGUGAUGGCAACUUGGACAGGAAGCUUUUAGGUUGUAGCAGUCAAGACAGAGUUGGAAGGCUGAUGACUUGAUCAGAUGUUGGCUGUGCAGACAGAGAACACUGCAAAUGAACAGGGUGGAGUGCAGCAUACUGUGGUGUUAGCCCUGAUCCAAAGUUGGUAGCUGGACACCUCUGCCAGUAUAAUGAUUGACAGGGGAGCUGUGCUUUAGGGCAGGGAUGGGGAACCUGUGACAUUCCAGAUGUCAUUCAAACUCCCAUCAUUCCUGAGCACUGGCCAUGCUCACUGUGGUCGAUGGGAGUUGGAGUCAAACAACAUCUGGUGGACCACAGAUUCCCCAAACCUGUUAGAGGGUGACAGAGCUAGCUUUGUUCUUCCUAACUGCGGCCAUGCUGAUAAAUGAACUGGUUUGAUUGACUAGACCAGUUUUUGAUCUAGUCAAUUUUUCCAGCAGAAACUUUGCACUUUAAAAGUUUGGAAAGGCGUUUGCGACUGCAAUCCUUCACAUUGAGGAAGGGAAACCUUUUUCAGUCAAAGGUGACGCAAUCAAUGCCUUUUGGGCAUCCUUGGGGGGGGCAGGGCCAGAGGCAAAAUAAGCAUAGCAGUAAAUGGGAACUUUGCACGCUGCCACAUUCCCCCUGUUCUUUGUCUAGGCAAGCACAAAUCAGAAUCUGAGUUAGAGGAAUUGCCUUCCAUCCAGGCAAAAACACUUCAGGAGAGUGCAAAGCUGUCAGUGGGGUGUGUGUCUCGGGAGGGGGAGAUAGGGCCAGAUAGAAAGGACAACAUAUGAGCCCCCAGCCUGAGGUUCUCCAUCAUUGUUACCUGGAAGGAGUCCCACUGAAUUCAAUUGCACUUACUUUGCUUCGGGCAUAAAUAGAAUUGCAUUGUAAGAGUGCAUAUGUAGAUGUGCUGCACCUGCUUCUUAACCUGCUUCAAAACCGAUUCAUAAUGGAAAGGGGACUAACCAACAUAGCAACCAUCCGACAGCAUCUAGGACAGUCGCAUCCAUUGCCGCACUUCAGAUUGUGCAGCUGGAAGUUCUGUAAUUUUCCAUGGAGCUGCAAAUCCCCAAAUGCUGAUAUAUCAUGUGAGGUACAUGCAUGUGUGAACUCAGCUCCUCUGAAGCUAUGCAAUAUUCUGCAACCAGUCUUUUGGGGCUUGUGGGGAUGGGCUUUGCCAAGAGCUACCAAGAAAGACAGGUGAAAUCUGCGUGCAGCCAGGACCCAGAGAGGAGAGCAUUGGGAAGGGAUUUGGGGAGCUGGCUGUUGUCAUGGUUAAGUGCUUAGAGCCCGAGAAUCUAGAAGGGGUUGUGAGGUAGGGAUUGUAGAUAAUUGAUCAGGGAAGAACAUUUCCUAUUAAAAUUGCAAUGUUCUGAAAUUUCUAGACCAUAGAGGUUUUUAUUUAAUUGGGCUUUCCUAAUCCCAGUUAUUUGGGAGUAAGCCAUACUGAGUUCAGCAGGGCUUACUUCAGAGUCGACGUAGUUAGGAGUGCAGCCUUAGAGUUGUCUAGAGGUCUGGAAGAAGGUGUCUGGAUUUCUGAUUUUAUGGGUGGGGUACAGUCACACACCCACAUCUCUGCUUCUGGGGCUGUUCUGUGCUCAGCCAACGCCUAGAGAGCUUUCCAGUGAAAGCGGGUGGGGUAGGGGGCCUGUGUUUCCCAAACCCUCAAUGAAAUGUUCCUAAUGCAAAGACAAACAUUUAGCUGAACUUCAGCCUGGCCUGCCAGAUUACACACAUGCAAACAAUUUGUUGCUUUUGGGUUUGGGGAGGAGGCUAAAACAAAAGUUGUGUGGGAGGAGGGUGUGAUUAAUUCUGUGUGCCUGUUAACUGGGCCCAACCAGUUUCUGUUCUGACAGCCUUUGGCUGCUGUGCAGUUGCACCAGGGACUCAUUUCUUCCCCUUGCCUCUCUUUCCCACAGUGGCUCAGACCGGCUUCUUUAUUUCACUUGGCUCGUCUCCCAGGUUCCGCUCCUUGCUCCGUUAGCCCUUUGUGUUGCGUUGAGACGGGGCAUUUUUUCCAUCGCUCCCCUUCCCAAUUGACGCUGACUCAUCUCCUAGAUUUUCACUUGCUAGUUUUUAAUUGAGCUGUCAGUUUCGGUUUAGCUCAUCCUAAAGCACCAAGUUAGUUGGGAAACCCCAUCUCUGUGUUCUCUUUGGGAGAGAUGGCUAAACUUGGAAAGAUUUGCUGCAAGCAGUACUUUACAACUCCCUAAAACAACUUCGUUUCAAGGUUAUUAUUCUUAAGUGGAGCAUUUAAGGGCGGAGGACACUUCCGCAAAUGAGAAUCCUCAAGGGACCACACAGAGCAGGCAAGUUCCCAUUGCAUCGCAACACCAUUUUUUCUCUAGUCACAAGGCCGAUUGAGAUGUCCUGUACCUAGUGAAGUGAGGGGAGAAUAUUAUCCAGAAAAUAUUCUCGAGAAUAUUCUCCAAAAGAUUAUUCUCAAGAAUUUAACAUCACUACUCGUACCCCGAGGGAUGUGGGUGGCGCUGUGGGUUAAACCACAGAGCCUAGGGCUUGCCAGUCGGAAGGUUGGCUGUUCGAAUCCCCGCGAUGGGGUGAGCUCCUGUUGCUUGGGCCCUGCUCCUGCCAACCUAGCAGUUCGAAAGCACGUCAAAGGUACCACUCCGGCAGGAAGACAAACGGCGUUUCCGUGCACUGCUCUGGUUCGCCAGAAGCGGCUUAGUCAUGCUGGCCACACUGGCUGUACACUGGCUCCCUUGGCCAAUAAAGCAAGAUGAGCGCCACAACCCCAGAGUCGUCCAUGACUGGACCUAAUGGUCAGGGGUCCCUUUACCUUUACUCAUCCCCCAGGAUGCCCAGGAAAAUAUUUUCCUCAGUGUUCACACUACUCUUGCGACCCAUUACAUUAAGCUGGAAAUGGGGAACCUUGUACCCCUCAUGUUCUUGGACUCCCAACCCCCACCAGCCACAGCCAAAAAUGAUGAGAGUUGUAGUCCAGUAGCAUUUGGAGGUCUAUGUCUUCCUGAUCUCUGAAGGGAGUACAUAAACGUUAAAAGCACUGGCUGUUGUUAACAUGCUUUGAGCCAGCAAUUGGGAGCCUCAGGCCUGGAGGUUGAAUGGGGCCCCUCAAACCUCUUUGUCUGGCCCUCAGGACUCUCUUCAAGCCACAGCCCCUCCCUGUUCAGCCUGGCUGGAAUGGGUCCUUGAACUCUGAUAAUGCCUCUUGCUUGCCUGGAUUGAGGAGCAGAAGAGAAAGAGGCGCACAAAGCUAAAAUUCAUAUUUAUUCCUCUUCCUACUUUGGCAUCUGACAAGGCUUACCAUCAGCAUGUGACUCCUGAAAGGUCGCCCAGAGGGGAGAUGUAGCCCUCUGGGUGUAAUGCCAUGUAAUGUACCAGAACUGAUGCUAUGAUCACACCCAAAAAGGCCUUCUUGGAGAAUGUUGCUUUCUGUUCAUUAGUGUGGGAAGGACUCUGAUACUGUAGUCUGUUCCAGUACCUCUGGCAUGUAGCAUAAGCUCCACAAAAGGGAUUGAAGCUACAGCAGCCACAGGCAGGACAGCUGUGGCUUUCAAAGUAUAGGUGCAAACUCCCUAAAUGGGCACCAGGUGUUCACUUUUAGAACAUGGAUGGGGAAGCAGUGGCUGUUCAUUGUACUACAGCUCCCAUCAUCCCUGACCACUGGGCAUGCUGGCUAGGGGUUGGUGGGAGUUGGAAUCUCACAGCAGGUGGAGGAGCACCACUUCCACAUUGCUGUCGUAGAGGCACAGAAGUGGGGUGUACAGUGGUACCUAAGGUUAAGAACUCAAUUCGUUCUGGAGGUCCGUUCUUGACCUGAAACUCUUCUUAACCUGAGGUACCACUUUAGCUAAUGGGGCCUCCUGCUAUCACCACUGCACGAUUUCUGUUCUCAUCCUGAAGCAAAGUUCUUAAGCCGAGGUGCUAUUUCUGGGUUAGCGGAGUCUGUAACCUGAGGCAUCUAUAACCCGAGGUUCCACUGUAUAGGGACAGUCUCUAAAGCAUAUAUCACGUCAUGGGAAGGAGCCUCAUAGCAUGGUAACAAUGGAGGAAUCAAGUUAAUCAGGACAGAGUUUAUUGAAGGGGUUGAAAAGGCCAUCUGAUAUAUUGCCUAUAAACUUGGAGCAAAACAUUUUAGAAAUGGUCCCAGUGGCAGCUGGGACCUAUUGGGAGCCCAGCAGUAGAUAGAGCCAAUGAUUGGCAGAGCCAACUAAGUCUAGAUUUGUCCCCAUCCUCUUCCCUGCUGAGGUGGACAAGGGCAACACUGUGAGACCAAGGAGGAGGAAGCUGGCAAGUCGUGUUGCCCCCUGAACUGGCUGUAAGUAAGAAGGAUGCAGGCAGAUGGGCCUGGCAGAGAGCAGGCUGAGGGUGGUGGGCAGUUCUCCUUUCCCCUAAUGGACUAGCCUCCACUGGACAGUCCCAUAGUUCAGUGGGGGUAGCACCCUCUUUGAGUACAAAAGGUCUCUGGUUCAGUCUUCGGCAGUAUUUCCAGCUGAAAGGCAUUCCCGGGUAGCAGGGCCAGGAAAAACUUUGGCACAAGAUCCCAGAGAACGGCUGCCAAUCAGGAUAGCCACUACUAGGCUUGAAGGACCAAUUGUCUGGAGCUGGUAUGAAGUCAGAAUUCCAAGCAGUGAAGUUCUCUCCUGCUGCCAGACAACCAUAAAUUGACCCCAGUUCUGUUAUGGAGCCAGAGCAAGUCUGUAGCUGAUGAACAGAAGGGAACCCCUCUGUUAAUUACCUCCCCCUUUGCCCGGAAUAAAAUGUUAUCUCUCCUGGUGGAAGGGAAGAGGCAGAGACUUUCCUGUGUUGCAAAAAUAGAUAGGGUUUGGCUUGCUGUCAAGGAUUGCCAUGCCUCGGAUGGCUUAAGCAAGUUUUAUUUAUUUUCAUGGUGGCACACCUGAAAAAAAAUAAUUCCUUGCAUGUGUGAGCACAUGCACAUGUAUGUUAGUCAAAACGCACUUAAUCAUUCUUAUUGCUGCAUUUAUAUUCCACCUCGAGGAAGGGGAUCUUGUUCUUCCCGCCCCCGCCUCUGUUUUAUAUUCGUGAGAAAAGUAGGUUAGGCAGUUAGUUUAGGGGCUGAGAGGGGAUUCGAACCCUGGUCCUUUAACAGCACCCUAACUAGUACACAGCAUAGACAGAUUGGUGCUGUGUAUGCCCCAAACGAAAUACAAUUUUUACCUUAUUGGCCAGUGUCAAAUCAAAUUGAUCGUGGCUAUUGAUGCUAGUUCCGCUUAAUGCUAGCAAUUUUAUGUUCUAUAUGUUUACUGUAUAUAAAUUAGCACAUACGACUAAGGAACAAGUAUUCCCUGCUUUUGGAAAAGAAGCAGCUUUUAUGACCGGAAAAAAUAAUGCCAUUUUUUUGUUAAAUCAUCUUGGCUACAUCUCAGUUAAAUCCCUUUCCUUCCCUCUCCCUGGGUCUGCUUAAAGAGAUCAAUGGGUUAUUAUGGCUUCACCAGAUAAGCCCUCUCCCUGGCACUUUAAUUUCCUUGCUUUCAGGUCCGGGUGAGGGUGUUGAUGCAAUUUGGGCUGUGGCUCUUGCUUUCUCUGAUAGAGCUACGAUUGUUCCUUUCAUUGCAACCCUCUCAGUCUGGUCUUUAUCUCACUCCAGCACAUUGUUUAAAUGGAGUUUGGAGCCACAUGACAGUAGCACUUUGCUCUUUUUAGCUUUCCAGAAUUGGGCACGUUUCCAGUCAAAAUUCAAAUGUCAGACAGUUGGGAAGACCGCUUCCUUUACAGGUCUUUAAAAGUAGACAAAAGACUGUUGCUUUUGCAAAAAAAAACAAAAACCAGACACACGCACAUAAUAUAUUACAAUAACGUUUCCAAACACAAACCAACUCAUGUUCGGAGUCAACAUUUGAGAGAUCAUAAGGGGAAUGGUUUGUUUCAGUUUAGAUUACUUUGGCCUCAUUCACACAUAACACUAAGCCAUGGUUUAAUCAAAAACAUUAUUAGCAUUGUGUGAGAGACCUGCCUAGCCGUUUAACUGUUAUUUGUUCACUGACAACAAACUGUGUUUUAUUGUUGACUUAUGAACCUUUGUUUUACUCAGUGUUUUUUUUAAAAUAAAAAACAAGGUGCUGGUACUCAUAUCUUGAUAAAAGUGCCAUUGGUGCCAGCACAAAAUGGCUGCCAUGAGCCACAAAAAAUAUGUAACAGUAUUCAGUACCUGUGAGUACUAUCACACACACACAAAAGCACUGGUUUAGCUAUGGCUUGGUGUGUAGUAUGUGAACCCAGCACCCUUCUUCAAUCAUGGCUUGUUUGGUUACUCCACCCUAGAUGUUUACCAGGUUACAAAGGCAUGAGAAAAGAAGAGCUGGAAAACAAAACUAAUCAUCAUCAUCUUCUCCUUGACAUCUGAUGGGAGGGCGUUCCACAGGGCGGGUGCCACUACCGAGAACGCCCUCUGCCUGAUUCCCUGUAACCUCACUUCUCGCAGUGAGGCCCUCGGUGCUGGAUCUCAGUGUCUGGGCUGAAUGAUGGGGGUGGAGAUGCUCCUUCAGGUAUACAAGGCCGAGGUCAUUUAGGGCUUUAAAGGAGAAAUGAUGGAGAAAUAAGAUGUGGUGUGUUUAAUCAUCCUGGUUAACUCAUGGUUUGUUGAACAAACCGUGGCUUAGAUUUAUGGGCUAGCGGAGCCUUUGUCAAGAACAAAUAUAUAAUAGGCAGGAGAGACAAUAAGGGCAAUACGUUAUGCAGAAUGAAUGGACAGGAGGGAAUAUAAGGGUUUUGGGAAGCAAGGGAAAUCAGGCACAGUGCAAAGUGAAGUCUCAUCACUACCACCUUCAAAGAACUUUUUUUUAAAAAAAAAAUCUUUAGAGUGGUGGUGGCUCUCCAAAUGUUGCUGGACUCCCAACUUUCAUCAGGCACAGCUAGCUUGGCCAGGACUUAUGGGAAUUGGGAGCCCAACAAAAUCUUGAGGGCCACAGUUCCCCAUUCUUGCUUUUCAGAAAUAGAGUUAACGGUGAAUAUUUCUCUACAGCCAUGAGGACUGGAAGAGAAAUGUACUAUUUUCUGACAAUGUGAGGUGACAUUCUGAUAUUCCCUUUCUUCAAAAGGCCCAAAGACCCAAAAUCCUGAACAGCGUUGAGAAUCAGUUGGAUGAACUUGGAGUCACUAUUGCGCAGACAAGGAGGACUGUGGACCUCAUCAAAGUAAGAUGGCUUCAGUCUAUUUCAUCCCAGAAGAAAAACUGGAUGUUGAUCUCACACACACUGUGCCCUGUUCUUUUCAUAUGUUUCUAUGUCAUUGUCUCCUGGUGCCAAGGGGAUCAGGGGUUUGGGCUGUGUCUCGGCCUGGGCAUCAAGAGGUGGUUCAUCCACUGAUUCUGACCCAAUUCUGCUGCAGUAUUGGGAGGUUUAAUUAAAGAUAACAUGUGAGCAAAGAACAAAAAUCCUCUUGCAUGUAUGCACUCGUGUAGCACAAAUAUACAAGUUUCCUGAGAACUGGAUCACAUGGUGCUUUUCCUAGACUGUUCCACUUCAGACUGCAGGUGGAGGAUCACAUUUUUCAACGUUCCAUCAGACUGGGGGAAACUCCAUUCCUAUAAGAAAGUGGCAUGUCCAAGGUAGCCAUUUCCAUGACAUGCUACAUUUCUACUUGCAGAGAUACCCUCAUUUCUGGCACUCAGCUAAAAGACAGAAAAGCAUAUAGUGGCUUAGUGAAUUUGGUAGCAAUGGGAACCUUUUUUCCUAAAGUUUGCCUCUUUACACGUUGUGGUCCUGAUAAAAAUUGGAGGGCUUUAAAAUGGAAUAAUCCAGAUGUGUUUCCUAAUGUCAAAUUCAAGCAUCAUGCCUAGUCUGGCUUAAAGUGGGUCUUUGUUCAAUCAUAUCUUGAAGAAGAUUUGAUUGCUUCUGCCCUCCCCCACCUGGCCAACUUUAAAAGGAGGAUCUGGACGUGUGCAUGGUUUUUUUGGGAUGGUGGUGGAAAUAUAUGUAAUCUACAUGAAUGAUAAUUGGUAUAAAGCUACCUCUGUUGUGUUUAGGGCACUGCUCAGAAAGAGAAGGAAAAGGUCAGCAAACUCUUUGCCGAGACGGCCAGGGUCCUUGCAGCCUUUCAGAAGGAAGUCCUUGGCUUCAUCGAAGAUGGGGAAAGAGCAAUGCUGACUGGGGCAGCGGAGGAGCUGCGGCAGAAGGAAGAGAGGCGUGACACACUGACUGAACACAAGCGGAAUCUGGAGAAGGUUCCCAGCACAGACACUAUCUCUUUCCUGCAGGUCUGUGCCCCUUGAGUGUUAUUCCAGUAGAGAGUCACCCCUAAAAGCACUUCAUUCCUUGCCUGGGCAGAUCCACACCAGAUGUCGAAAGCACAUCUAACAUACAUCGGAAGCACAUGACUUUCCACAAAUGAAUCCUGGGAACUGUAGUUUCCUCUAACCGAACUACAGAUCCCAAUGCCCUGAACAAACUACAAUUUUAUUUCUUUUUAUUUCUUGAAAUUUAUAUACUGCCCUAUGCCUGGACAUCUCACAGAAUAAAACCAGAACACAAAACCAAAAAAUAUAUACAGUGGUACCUCGGGUUACAGAUGCUUCAGAUUAUAGACGCUUCAGGUUACAGACUCCGCUAACCUAGAAAUAGUACCUCAGGUUAAGAACUUUGCUUCAGGAUGAGAACAGAAAUCAUGCUCUGGUGGCGGCGUGGCAGCAGCGGGAGGCCCCCAUUAGCUAAAGUGGUACCUCAGGUUAAGAACAGUUUCAGGUUAAGAACGGACCUCCAGAAUGAAUUAAGUUAUUAAUCCGCAGUACCACUGUAAUCAAAAUAAAAGCAACAACCCAAUAACCUUCCCCCCCAAAAAAACCCACCUUUUAAAAGGGCAUAGGAUGUAAAUCAGAUCAACCAAAGGCCUGGUUAAAAAGGAACGUUUUUGCCUGGCACCUAAAGGUGUAUAGUGAAGGUGCCAUGUGAACUUCCCUGGGGAGAGCAUUCCACAGACAGGGAGCCACUGCAGAGGGACUGUUCUCAUGUUGCCAUCCUCUAGACCUCUUGAGGAGGAGGCACACGAAGGAGGGCCUCAGAAGAUGAUUUCAGAGUGCGGGUAGGUUCAUAUGGAAAGAGGCAGUCCUUGAGCUAUUGUGGUCCUGAGCUGUUUAAUGCUUUAUAGGUCAAAACCAGCACUUUGAAUUGGACCUGGAACCAGCACUUUGAAUUGGACCUGGAACCAGCACUUUGAAUUGGUAGCGAGUGCAGUCAGACCAGGAUUAUUUUACAGAAAGUAAUGUGCUUUCAAUGUAUGGCAGGGAUUUCCCCCUCUCUGGAAACAGUAGAAAAGGGGAGGAUUUGUGGAGACAUGCUGUCCUCUCUAGCGAGCCACAAGUGGAGAGUCUGAUUCAACUUGUCCAUAAUUUUUUUAUGGGCAGAUGCUGCUGCUUUUUCUGGCUCCAGACUGGUGAUUUUUGUAUAGGAAGGUGGGCAUGCUCAUACACUACAGGGGCAGGAAGGUAUAACAACAGCAACAACAAUUUAUUUAUUUAUACCCCCACCCAUCUGGCUGGGCCUCCCCAGCCACUCUGGGCGGCUUCCAACCAAAUAUUAAAAUACAGUAAUGCAUCAAACAUUAAAAGCUUCCCUAAACAGGUAGGACACAAUGGGCAUUUGUCUCUUUUACCAGGCCCCACAAUUUGUAGGGCAUUCAUUCAUUUACAAUAGCCUUCCCCAAUCUGAUGCCUUUCAGAUGUUGUUGGACAACAACUCACAUCAUCCAUGACCAUUGGCCCUCCUUGCUGGGGCUGAUGGGAGCUGUAGUCCAGCAACAUCUGGUGGGCACCAGGUUGAAGAAGGCUAGUAUGCAAUCGCAGUGCUCAGUCCUAUCUGGAUCUCUGCUGGGAAAUAUGCCCUCAUCCGCUGUGUAGGGGCCCUGGGUAAACCGACCUUAUAGGGAGGAGGCUUUGCUGAGCUCUAUGUUCCUGGAUCCACAUUUGGAACAGAGCAGCAUGCCAACAUCUCCUGCCAGUGUAGCUGCUCUUUCUCUCUGUCCCCCUCCCUCCCUCUGGUAUGUUUGUUUCCAUGUCACGAACAGCAGCCAUAGGCUCUCUGGUACUCGGGAAGGAGGUGGCUCUGUGGAAUGAGUCCUCCCAUCAGUCAAUUGCUGUAUAUCACCCCCUUUUCUUUCUUUUUUUGGCCCAGGAGUUCCAAGCACUGAAAAUAGCCACCGAAGAGAAAAACUUCUCAUGGGCAAGCUUCCCCAAAGAGCUGAGCUUCAUCAAAUCCAGCCAGGCCGUGCUCGCUGUGAAGGAAAUGCUAGUGAACAUUUGCAAGAACCAGUGGGACCAGCUCUCAGGGAACGGAGACGAAGGGCCCAUUCUUUAUGGCAUGCCAGAAGGUCUGUAGCAGACGGAAUAUCCUGCUCUUGCAUUCCAUGUAGAGCGCUAUGCAUUCUGCAGUGUUUUGAUUAUGGAAUUCUUUGCUGACUCUGAUAGCUACCAUGCGGUUUCUGCAGAGAUUAUUAGUGCCCAGCAAGUGCUAAGAAUCCACUGUUUCCCUGUAGUUCUUAAGUGUCUAGGAGCUCUGGAAGUCUCUGUUAACAGGGACUGGGCUUGGAAGCAUCAGCAACAAGAAUGCACAUUGCUUCCUUGCCUUUUGCCGGUUCUCAGGAUCUUUGCUUCAGUACGUUAUAAUAAUAAUAAUAGUAAUAAUAGUAAUAGUAAUAAUAAUAAUAAUAAUAAUUUUAUUAUUUAUACCCCGCCCAUCUGGCUGGGCUUCCCCAGCCAUUCUGGGUGGCUUCCAGCAAAAUAUUAAAAUACAGUAAUGCAUCAAACAUUAAAAGUUUCCCUAAAAAGGGCUGCCUUCAAAUGUCUUCUAAAAGUCUGGUAGUUGUUUUUCUCUUUGACAUCUGGUGGGAGGGUGUUCCACAGGGCGGGUGCCACUACCGAGAAGGUCCUCUGCCUGGUUCCCUGUAACUUGGCUUCUUGCAGUGAGGGAACCGCCAGAAGGCCCUCGGCGCUGGACCUCAGUGUCCGGGCAGAACGAUGGGGGUGGAGACGCUCCUUUUCCCAGUCUGUUCUCAAAGCUUGAAAUGCACUGGGAUACCCAGCCUUAUGCAAAUUCAGGACACUUGCAUCAGCUUCCAUUUACAUGUUGAAUUUUGCUUGUAGACUUUUGCUACUUUUAACAUGCAGUAAACACUUUGGGGCAUUAGAACCCAUUAGGCACCAUUUACAUCAUGGAAGUGGGAACCUGCUGCUCUCCAGAUGUUGUUGGACUUUAUCGCCAUCAUCUCUGGCCGUUGGCCAUGGUGGUUGGAACCGAUGGGGGCUGGAGUGCAGCAUCAUUUGGAGGGCCACAAGUUCCCCAUCUCUGUUUGACAUCUCCAAGUUUCCUCUUGAUGUUGGCAUUUGUACCUGCCUAAAUGAAUGUCAAAUGCCAGCCUCAAAGGGAGAAGAUGUUUCAAGCUACAGGCUUCAUGUCAAAGCACUGCAAGUGGUGCAGCUGUUUUGAAAUUGCAUAAUAACAAGACUCUCUUAAAUUGGUGUCGGGUUUCUGCGCCCUGUGCCUCCCGCUUGGGGUUGUGUUUUUUUUAUGAGGUUUCCAUAAGGACUCAAAUAAAUCAGAAGGCAACAAACAGACAUCACCGGGUGUGGCCAGCAGUGGUUUGGGGAAGAUGUCCAAAGUGGCUUUUCCUUGAAACAGAGCCUUGUCUUUCAGAACACAGGGGAGAUAUAUGCUUGAAGCUUACUCUCCUGCCAGAAUUGGAGUGGAUCUUGCUGGCUUCAUCCUCAAGUUCAACUGCUCCCUAAAGAAAGUACAGUGGUGCCUCGCAAGACGAAAUUAAUUCGUUCCGCAAGUCUCUUCGUCUUGCGAGUUUUUCGUCUUGCGAUGCACGGUUUCCCAUAGGAAUGCAUUGAAAAUCAAUUAAUGCGUUCCUAGGAAACCGCCUUCAGACCAGGUCCGGGGACAGUCUGUCCCCGGACCUCUUCUGAAGGCUGGGGGGCAAGGGCUUUUCGCCCCACCCCCAGCAAUUUAAAAAAACCCGGGACAGCGGAGGACUUCUCCGCUGUCCGGGCGAUCUUAAAAUGCUGGCGGGCGGCAUUUUAAAAUCACCCCGGGACAGCGGAGGACUUCUCCGCUGUCCGGGGCAAUUUAAAGCCCCUGGGAAGGCAGGCAGGGGGACAAAGACUUUGCCCCCGCCAGCCUUCAGAAGAGGUCCUGGACCUCUUCUGAAGGCGGGCGGGGGCGAAAGUCUUUGCUCCCCGCCUUCAAAAGCCCUCCGGGACAGGCAGGCAGGGGAGCAAGACUUUCGCCCCCGCCCGCCUUCAGAAGGUCUUCCCUCCCCCCCGCCCGGCUUCGGAGCACCGUUCCGAAGCCGGGCGGCGGCGGGAGGUCUUCCCUCCCCCCCGCCCGGCUUCGGAGCACCGUUCCGAAGCCGGGCGGCGGCGGGAGGUGUUCCCUCCCCCCCGCCCGGCUUCGGAGCACCGUUCCGAAGCCGGGCGGCGGGGGGAGGUCUUCCCUCCCCACCGCCCGGCUUCGGAGCACCGUUCCGAGCCGGGCAGAGGCGGAGGUCUUCCCUCCCCGCCCGGCCCGGAGCACCGUUCCGAAGCCGGGCGGCGGCGGCAGGUGUUCCCUCCCCCCCGCCCGGCGUCGGAGCACCGUUCCGAAGCCGGGCGGCGGCGGCAGGUGUUGCCUCCCCCGCCCGGCCCGGAGGAGCCUUCCGGGCCCGGCGGCGGCGGAGGAGGUGUCCCCGCCCCGCCGCCAGGCUUCGGAGGAGGUCCGAGGACAGUGGGGAAGACGCGCUGCGCUUCCCGCUGUCCCUGAGAUUUCCUAUGGGCUGUCGUCUUGCGAAGCAAGCCCAUAGGAAAUUCGUUUUAUGAGCGCCUCCAAAACGGAAAACCCUUUCGUCUAGCGGGUUUUCCGUCUUGCGAGGCGUUCGUCUUGCGGGGUACCACUGUAUUGCAAUGUGUGACUACUAGCCUAGCAUCGGCUCUGUUCUGUUCAGGGCUUCCCCACUCUCUCCCAUACAUGCCCCAUGUUUCAGGGAGGAGUACUUCCUGGAUACUUACCAGGGAGUUUGCAUGAACUGCUUCCAGGUCACAGCGUGCUGCCACUAUCCCCACAAGACCCAGCCACAGGCAGAAACAAGACAUCCAUGAGAACAGUGGAACAGUCUCCCUCUGGAAGUUGUGGACUCUCCUUCCUUGGAGGUUUUUAAGCAGAGGUUGGGUGGCCAUCUGCCAUGGAUGCUCUAGCUGGUAUGCCCCGUGGAGGAACUUAAGGUCCACAAAUGACAACAUUUUGGAGGUCCCAAGUCGCAAGGUAGUUAGAUUGGUCUCAACUAGGGCCAGGGCCUUUUCAGUACUGGCCCCAACUUGGUGGAACGCUCUGUCACAAGAGACGGGUUCUGCGGGACUUGACAUCUUUCCACAGGGCCUGCAAGACAGAGCUGUUCUGCCUGGCCUUUGGUUUGGACUCAGUCUGACCCUUAUGUUUCCCUCCCCGUAUGGUUUUGAUCUAUGGGCUACUUUUAAAAUGAGGCUGCAUUUUAAACUGCAUUUUAACCUGUAUUUUAAAUUGGGUUUCCCCCCCAUUAUGUUUUUACUAUAAUUUUACUGGUGUUAGCCGCCCUGAGCCCGGCUCUGGCUGGGGAGGGCGGGGUAUAAAUAAAAUUAUUAUUAUUAUUAUUAUUAUUAUUAUUAUUAUUAUUACUGAGAUUCCUGCAUUGCAAGAGGUUGGACUAGAUGACCCUUGGGUCUUUUCCAACUCUACGAUUCUAUGAUAACUGGGCACCACCACACAGAGCCCUAUGUGGUGGUGGGGAGGCUGAAGGAAGGAGAGUAGAGAUAGAAUCAGGCUUUUCAGACCCAGAAGAAAAAGUUGUUGGGAUCCAGGAACUCUGUAAAAUGUGUGUUUUUGGGAUGAGCACAGGACCACAACACAGUUAUGAGCAGAUCCCUCUGCUGGUUGGCUUUGUAGUAGCACAAGGACAUGUUAGGAUCUUGGAUUCUGGGAUAACAUCGUCUGGGAUUUCCCUCUUCUGAUUAAUAGGUUUAAGAAUCUAGUCACAGCAGACCUGUCGAUGACAAAUGAAUUUAAGGUUAAAGGUGGUUGUAUGGAAUAGUACACCUGCGUCUGAUCAGCCAGGAUACUUUCUAAUGAACAAGCCUCUUUUCCUUGUGUGAUGGGUUGGUUUUUUCCUUUUCCUUUUUUGCUGUCUUUGUCGCUGAGGUAAAUUUUUGACAAUUUCCUCUCUUCACAGUGACCAUUGAGCCCCCGAUUCCAGAAAAAAGCAGCAACCCCGCCUGUUUGGAGUCCCGAGAUUAUUUUCUCAAAUGUAAGACCAUUUUAUUGUAUGUUUUGUCUCCCUUGGCUUUUGUUUCUUUGCUGAUGGCGUAACGUUUGGCAGACGGCAGAUGUGUUGCAGACAGCAGAAAUGUCAGCCCACUCAAAGUUAAUUAUGAGCGCAGUCCAGUGAAAACAAAAUGCUUGAGUGUUGUUUUUAGAAAACGUUCAGUGUCUCAGUUACUGGUCUUUAAUGGCCUAGCUAGGUUUAGCUGAAAAUAUGGGGACUUAAGCACACGGUCAAAAGAUUCCUGGAUUGCAGGGGGUUGGACUAGAUGACCCUUGUGGUCCCUUUCAACUUCAUGAUUCUAUGAUGCCUGUAAAGCUACACCACCUCCUUUUCCUGUCAUAAAGAGGCACAUAUUGGAGGAGAUCAGUGGCGUAGCGUGGGUUGUCAGCACCUGGGGCAAGGCAAGUAAUUUGCGGCCCCUAACCCGUGGAUUUUAGCUGCGAGUGCGAGCGCGCCCCCACUAGAUGUUGCGCCCGGUGCGGCCGGCCCCCCCUGCACCCCCCACGCUACGCCACUGGAGGAGAUGGAAAACACAUACUAUCACUACAUGAAAGAAAAAAAAUAAGGCUGUGGCAUAAAAAAGAGAUUUAUGUUAAAUAUAUAUCAUAAGGACUAGAAAUUUAUAUCAUAAGGACUAGGAUUUUAUUUUUAUUUUUUUAAAGUAAAUCUGGGGAACUGAACUAUCAGUAUUUAAAAUGCAUUUAUAUGGAGGAGGAAACCAGAAACCUUGAAAAUAUAGAAAACAGAAGGGGUCUCUGAAAUCAGAGUGCGGUACAUCUUUGUUCCUUGUUUCCAUAGCUCUGCCACUCUCUGCUUCUAAAUGACUAUUACUCUACCUACCCCCAUCUUCCCACCUGCUUUCCCUAUUUCACCUUCCCAAAACACACACACAUAAGGUGCGGGUAAAUAUUUUUAUUUUUUUUAAAAAACAACAACCAAUCCAGCUAAAGUUCGCCAUAGGGCUAAACUGCAGACACACGUGGUAUGCACAAAUUUAAAUAUAGUUAGGAAAAAUCCAACAAUUUUUGCAGAAUAUAUGUUGAUUGCAGCAAUGGAGUUUUUCGAACACGUGGUUGUAUCCAACACUGCUGUUCCACUUAUGCAACAGCUUUCUGCUUGUGCAAUGCAAUGUUGUUGUUGUUGUUGUUGUUGUUGUUGUUGUUUAUAUACCAACCAAUACCUGGAGGUCUCAGGGUGGUUCACAGAAAAGAUCGACAUAAAAACCACAAUAUAUAUAAUCAAAAUAACAACAAGAAAUUAAAAACAUCCCCCCCAAAAAAGAGCCACAUUUUAAAAGCGCAUAGGAUGUCAUCAGAUCAAUCAAAGGCUUAGUUAAAAAGGAACGUUUUUGCCUGGCACCUAAAGGUGUAUAAUGAAGGCGCCAGGCAAACUUCCCUGGGGAAAGCAUUCUACAGAUGGGGAGCCACUGCAGAGAAGGCCCGUUCUUGUUUUGCCACCCUCCUUUUCUCCUUUCCCCUGCAGCCCCCCACCAUGAUAGGGGACCCUUUGGAGCAUAUUUUUGGGGGUGGAGUGCAGAGAGAGGAAGGGGGAAGUCCCAUUGCAUAAGCAGAACAUCACUCGUACAAUGUUAGAUCCUACCCAAGUUUCCUAAGUCAAGGAUGCAUAAGUUCAGGAGACUGAAUGAUUCCUGAGGGGCACCAACCUUAGUGAUGGUAUGUUUCAGUUUUGUUGACCAAGAAGACAAGAUAACUAAUACUGUGUGACUUCCGUGCUCUGCCUUCUUCUCGCCUUCUCCCGCCCCCACCCCGCACAGUUGCCUUCAUCAUCGACUUGGACAGCGACACUGCCGACAAAUUCCUCCAGCUGUUUGGGACCAAGGGAGCCAAGCGGGUGCUGAACCCUAUCGCCUACCCCGAGAGCGCGACCAGGUUUGUCAACUGCGAGCAGGUGCUGGGCGAGAACUUAAUGAACCGAGGCAACUACUACUGGGAAGUGGAGAUCAUUGACGGCUGGGUGAGCAUUGGCGUCAUCACGGAAGAUUACAACCCGCAGGAGUCCUAUGACAGGGGCCGCCUGGGCAGGAACGAGAACUCCUGCUGCCUGCAGUGGAACGGGCAGAACUACGUGGCCUGGUUCGGCGGCUUUGACUGCGUGAUACAGCAGCCUUUCUUCCAUACGAUUGGGGUGUACUUGGAGUACUCUGAGAAGGUGCUGACCUUCUAUGGAGUCAAGGAUUCCAAGAUGACGUGCCUGCAGCAGUUCAAAGUGGCUCGCUUCAAGAAGGGCCAUUUUGACCCCUUCCAGAAUAAGAUCAACCACCAGUUUCCGGCGCUGUUUACGCACAACCUCAAGCCGGCCUUCUUCCUUGAAAGUGUUGAUGCCCACAUGCAGCUUGGGCCUCUCAAGAAAGAUUGUGUUUCGGUGCUGAAGCGACGGUAACUCGUUCCAUGUGCGGUAGAGCAAGAAAGGAAUUGGUAAAGAGAUUUAAAACGGGAUCUUUCCUAGAACAGCAUGUCACUUCCAUGAUACAGGGUUACUAGGCUCUUCACUCAUAUGUCUGUCCCUGCUACCUUUUGAGUCAUUUGACUGGUGCCUUUAAAGAUAAUGGGCCAUUUCCAUGUUGGUCUUUUCUCUCUCUUGCCACCUCUUGGAUUUUUAGUCAUAGUUAUAGUUUGUUCACACUGGGCUUAAACUCGAAGACCAAGCUUGUUACCUUUCACCUGCUGUUUGGGGAUUUGGAGAGGAUUGAUUCUAGUCUGAACUUUCAUUUUCUGUAUUAAUCCAAUAUAUUUACCACACACACGCGCACACACACAGUUUCCUGAUUCUGUACUCAUCAGUUCUAGGGCUUCUUCCUGCUCUCUUAGCUGGGGGGGAUGGUGGCGGCGGGGAAAAUAUCAGUGUUACUUUAAGACAGGAGUCAAGAACCUGGAAUGUUGCUGGACUACAAGUCCCAUUACCCCUAACUAUUGGCCAGACUGACAGGGGCUGCUGGGAUUUGGAGUCCCCUAACAGCUGGAGAGCCAUAGGCUCCCCACCUCUGGCCCAGCUUGUGAGGAGUUACAAAUUUUUCUGUGGGCACUGAGCCAAAUCUUAACUUCUGAUUUAAACUGCUGUUCUUUAAGAUGGGAGCUGGUGGUUGAGUUGAAACAGGCGACCUACUUUUCUUCUGUUUCUAGGAUACCUUGAUUUUAGUAGAUAAUUACAGUUCUUCAUAUAAAUUGGGAAGGAUGGAAAAAUAAAACUUAGCUAGUUCAGAGACAGAACUGAUUUUUACCAUUUGAAGAUUAUUAUUAUUUACCUCAUGGAUUCCCUGACAAUAACUGAAUUGCUGAAAUGCUUGUGUGUUUUAUUAGCCCUGUGGUCUCAGCAUUACGGUUAUUUUCUGCAAGAGUUUUCUUCCAGUUAUUCAGUUUGUUGCCUAUCUGCCAUGGGUGGAUCUUUUACAAAAUAAAUGCCAACAUACUGGAUACAGGGUGAAAAAUAUUAUGAAUUUGGUGAAACAUGAUGGUUAAUUGUAUGAGUUCACUUAUCCCUGCUGUCUGGGCUCAUGCAGUUCUUCCUGCCUACCAGUAAGAAACGGUGAGGUCACCAAAGUUAUUUUCUACUUCCCCUAAUGGAAAUAACUACAGCGCAAUUGCUCACAAUAGCAACACACACACACUCCAUCAUUGGUCAGCAUUAUUAAAAAUAUGUUUUGACGUUUUCAUCUUUCAGCCAGAUACUAAAUAUGUUAGUCUGACUUGAGUUGAGCAAGACUCUACUUCCUGGUAGAUAUGCCUAUAAAUGCAGCCCUUACAAUCUCACCUGUUGCCAUUGGAAUUAGUUAUUGAAAGAAUACCACAAUGAUCAUGUUGUGAUUUCUGUAUUCUUACUGUAUUCUUAAAAACACUUUGGGGAUAAACUGGAACAAUAGGAAAUUUCACACUGAACCAAAAUUGGCUGUAUUAAUUGUUCCUCCAUGAGCAAAAAAUAAAGCCAGUAUAUUUGCUUCCUUAGGUAAUACUGUGCUGCUGUUUGUUUUUCACCCCAAUUUUUGGGUGGUGGUAACCUUUCUGCUUUGUUUUAUUAUUUUUAUUAAUAAUACACAGUUGUAUAAUCUAACAUGUGUGAGGAAAUAAUAAGGAAAAAAGUUUAAAAGAAUCUAGUUGCCAUUAAAGAAUAUGCAAACAUAA